GAAAUGAUCGUAGAAAAUUUUUAUAUGUUAAUAAUAUAUAGAAAUAAUGCGUUAUACUUCGUCAUAAUAUUUCGAGCAUUGUGAAAUAUAUAUUAAUUGAUCAGUGAUAUCAAAUGUAUCACGAAUUUCGAAAUCGUAUAAUAAAAUUUAUGCCUUUUUUGUUUCGCUUGGUUACGUUGCUUUCAACAACCUGUCGUUGUGCAGUCAUUGCAUGUUGGCCGCGCGUCGAUGUAACGAAGCUAUUUUCGUUUUAAAUUUCGAAUGACCCUGAUGUACUCUGCCAGAUAUCUUACACGUGUUCAUGUAUCAUAUUGGAAUUGGAACUUAAAAGUAACAAGUAUUCGAAAAAACAUUUUAUAAAUUCAAAGGUGAGCUUUUAUUCUUUCCCUUUCUAUUCUUCUAACAAAUAGACGUACGAUAACCUAAAUAUUUUUCUUUUUAAAGAAGAUGGGUGAAGCACCUAAAUAUUAUGGUAAAAGAAGGAGUAUCGUUCGCAGAAUUGGAUCAUUUUUACCUUUAAGGCCACCUCCAAAAAUCUAUGUAAGCGUAACACCUCUUCAUUCUAUGACAAGUUCUAUGAUUAAUGAGGAAACCAGCAAUGAUUAUGUUGAUUCGAAUGGUUAUGGGCCUGCAAGUGGUAGGUUAUUAGGUAGCAGACCGGAUUUAUUGGAACCAAUUAGUUUUGGUUCUGAAAUUCGUUUACUUGCUUUAGAACAAGAAUUACAAGAGCUCAGAGAGCAGAUAUCGGUAAUAGUUAAAAGUAGUAAACAAUCGCAGUAUGCAUCAGCUGCAUCAUUGUCCAGCGAGAAAGAUUUUAAAUCUCAGCCACCUCCACCACCACCGCUUCCACCACCUUCAACUCCGCACAUUGCGAGGAGGGCCAGUUUACAAGAUCACAAAAUAGAAGAUCGUAAAAAAGUGCCAUUAAAUACACAGAAAUCAAUGGGUGAUAUAUUGAAAGACAUUGAUAAAGUCAAAUUGAGACCGAUCGCAAGGUCACCUGGAGGUCGGCCAUUACAAAUGAAACGUGUAAAUAGUCCGUGCAAUGACUUACAAGAAAUUUUACGUAAACGAUAUAUUGCAAUGCAAUCACCCGAUAGCAGAAAUUCGUCUGGUAAUUUAACAUUGGAUGAUUCUUUUUCAACUUAGUUUACGCUAAUAAUCGUAAAGCACGAUAUACAAUUCGUUGUUUUCGUACAACGAUCCUGUGCAAUCAACAUGGAUUUUAUGCAAUGCAACAAUUUAUUUUCGUGCUGUUAAAUAUUUCGAAUCUUUUAUAAUCCAAUUACUUAUCUCAUAAAAACACAGUUCCUUUUAAUUUAAAAUGAAUUUGAUGAACGCGUGGCACAUGAAAUUUAGAUAAUUCCACGAAAUACUUUUCUUAGCGUAGAGUACAAAGCGAAUAGAACUCACUUUAAAGAGAGAGAGAGAGAGAGAGAGAGAGAAAGAGAAAGAGAAAGAGAAGGAGACAUACUUUUAUAGAUAUUAAGGAUUUUCAUAAUUUGCCGACAUAGAUCUUUUUUUUCUUUUUUUUUCUUUUUUUUUUUUUUUUUUUUUUUCCUUAGAGCAAGUAACGAUAAUACUU